AAUUGUAGAUGGAAGAUGAUAACGCUAUCGAUAUCUACAAAUGGUUAUUCUCUACUAAUAGUGAAAAUAACUUCUGUGAUCAGAUGGAAAUAGAAAGCAAUGGAACACUGAAAAAAGUUGAGCUAAAGAUUCGCAGUAAUGUGUUGGGUGUGCGCUAUUGCAAAGAAGAACCUAUCGAACCGAUGAUUAUUGUGUUAGAGAAAGUACAGUUGGAAACGCUUCCGGAUAAGGAUGGUAAAUUUCCGUUUAUGCUAAAUUUCGACUCUGGAUCAGUGACAUUCUUUUCAAAGAGCGAGGAGCAGCGAGAGGAAUGGAUGGUAAAGAUGUCGACCUGUUCGCAUAGAAUGGCUCAGGCGGAGCUUGAUGAAAUAGCUGAUAAUUUCUUUAAUACUUGUACCGUUAGUGCUUUUACUCCUCCUGCAUCCAACUCGAUGACCUCCUUUUAUCUGACCAAUCCUGUGAGGAAGACUUACAAAUUUUCUAUAUCUCAGAAUGUUAGUCUGCAUUCUCGAAAAAUCGUAUGCGAAGAAGUGAUGUGGGAAAGUAAGUUAUGUACAACAUUACCUAUACAGCUGAUUAAAUUAUACCUAAAGUGGUGUAAUGAAAUGAGUGAACAGUUGAAAAGCCGUUUGUGGUGUGUACCUAACGAGUUUCUGGACUCAGUUCACGACUGUCUUAGGAAUUUGUCGAUCAAUCAAGAGAUCUUUAUGAAUUCGUUGGAAUUCCUUGAAUCUUACGCAGGACCCUCUUUUCGUUCCUCCAUGGAGAAGUUCCGCGUUGCCUUCGCAUCCGUGCCUACUAAUUUGCAUCUGCAGCGGUUUUCUGUUGAGGGACAUUCCUAUAGUUACCUCACUGUUGGCACUGCCAGUGCCAUUCCUCUUCGUUUCGCGCAUGGUGGCUUAGCAAAACAACGCGUCUCGCUCUUUAGUUCAGUGAACAAUCCAAAACAAGUCGAUCAUAUCCUCGAUUGUCGGUUUUAUCGUAGACGUCGAGUUUUGCAAGCAGCGAAGUGCAAGAUCGGUGAAUUGUCAAGGAAGAUCGAAACUGAAUGGCAUAUUGCAGACUUUGGUAAAGUAGAUAAAACUGGUAUACAAUUAAUGGCCGAUAUAAAACAACUUCAUGAAAAUUUGAUUGAUCUAAUUAGCUCCUUCCCAGUUGUAUCUGCACUGAUCGAUUAUCUCUCACAGUGGUCUCAAACUCAAAGUUCCACUACACGGUUAUCUCUUGAAAAGGAAAGAAACGUUAUAUCAGACGAUUUGGAUAGCCAGCUCGAUACCAUAGAAGCUUUUCUAAUCAGUUUGAAUACGAAAAUGGCAGUUAUCGAUUCUGUACCCAAUAAUGAAGAUUCCAGGAAAGAGUACAUGAAGAAUGCAAGACAGACUUUUAAUUCGGUUCUUGACGCAAUGUUGCAGUUGACGGAAAGUCUUCUUGAUGCUCAACUUUUAGGCUUGGUUUUGGCGCUCCAAAGGUCCAGUGACUGUCAACUCUUUUUUCAUAUCCAACUAAGAAGUGAUCUAGUCUUGUCUCAAGCAAUUACCAUAGUGACAACUGGAUUACUAGCCCUUUUGGAGCAGGAAUCAGCGGACCUGCCGGAUUGGUCUACUAUUUCUCCACUUGCCACUGUGUUUUCUUUCCUGUCUUGCUACGGAGACGAGAGAAGCAUGAUGGAAGAUGCAAGGGAGUGUUGGGCAUCCUUACACGACCGAGUUUCAUUUAAAUUUCUUCAUGCUACCUCAUCCGUCGCCUCGGUUUGUGUGCCAACGGUUAAUGGCGAUCGCGCAAAACUUAUCGUCCAAGUGCCUUUGCCGCAUAGUGUGUACCAGAGUUUGCCGGGACCUCUUCAAUCGGGCUGCACAUUCAGCGUGAAUGCAGUGUUCUGGAAUCUGGGCAUCAAUCAUGAAGCCACAUUCUCUCAAUCAAUCGCUGGUGAUAGCUCGUUGGAGCAGUCCAUAAAUCUAGCUGCUGUUAAAGCAUUGACCUCCUAUGUUUCGGUUCUGAAGGAUGUAUCGCACACUGCUGAGGAGCUUGUUGCCGAACUUACCGCCACUGUAGAGGCAAAUCCGACCAACAAGAAUAUAUCGAUUUUUCGAUUAGUGAUGGCUGCGAACACUGCGCUUCAUGGAAUCCCAGUACUCUGUUGCAAAAGUGGAAAGGACCGUACCUCGAUGGCGAUUACUUAUGAAGAGGGGCGAAUCAUACGUGAGAAUUGUGGAGUCACUGCUGAACAGAUGGGAGAAAUGAUUGUUUGCCUGCGCAGAGAGGGUGUACGACGUGAAAAUUGCCGUAAAAACAUUGGAAAAGCAUUGUAUUCGUUCUCACCUUUCCAGAUGAAUUUUAUACCCAAGGAGUUUCGGCCUCCCUCGGGCACUUUUGCGCAGGGAAUCGCCAGCUGAUUUAUCACUUUUUCUUGUUUUAUUUUCACAUGCCCAAUGUACAUUCCUUUAUCACA